AGGAGAGGAUGAGGACACACAAACCAAACAAGCCAAACUCAGGAACAACAUUUUACACAUCCGACUAAAGAAAAUCGUGUCUGGAGAAAGAACAGCUCUAAUUUCAAUCAGCCAAUCAUAUCGGGAGAAAGCUUCCGAACCGGGUCGGAACUCGAACCUGGACCAUGCCGGUAAGACGAGGCCACGUGGCUCCGCAGAACACUUUCCUGGAUACCAUCAUCCGCAAGUUCGAGGAACAGAAUAGAAAGUUUAUCAUCGCCAAUGCACAGGUGGAGAACUGUGCGAUUAUAUUCUGUAAUGACGCCUUCUGUGGGAUGUGUGGUUAUACCCGGGCGGAGGUGAUGCAGAAGUCCUGCACCUGCAGCUUCCUGUAUGGACCUCACACCAGGAGACCAGCGAUGGCCCAGAUGGCUAAAGCUCUGCUGGGAGCAGAGGAGAGGAAGGUGGAGAUUUCACUCUACACUAAAGAAGGAGUGUGUUUAAACUGUGAAAUAGACGUGGUUCCAUUGAAGAAUGAAGACGGCCUUGUCAUCAUGUUCAUCCUCAACUUUGAGCUUCCCACUGACCCCAGACCAGCCAACAGCUCCCCAGCCAGAGAGCUCAACAGAGUGCUGCACUUCCCCCGGCUGGCUGUGGAUUGGCGGCAGCGUCUGCACCUUCUCCUCCGCUCCCUCACCUCCGGUUCAGGAGUCCUUUCCCAGGACACGGAGCUGGGUUCUCCUCAUGCUGACCUCCCUCCCUUCGGUCAUGAGUCUGUGGCCCUGGACAAACUGCUGGCCCUUCCUGAGAGGCAGCAGCUGGAGGAGGGCGGAGCUAAACUACUACUGUGGGAUAAAGAAGACGCGGAGGAUGAUGAGGAGGAACAAACAGGAGGAGCAGGGAGAGGAGGAGAGAGGGAUGGCUUGGAGGCACCCAGGCGAAGUAGUGAGGGGGACAGAAAGAGACGAGAGGGAGGCUAUGCUGAUGUUCUUCUGGUGGACACAAGAACAGGAGGAGGAGGAGGAGGAGGGAGGAGAGGGGGGGUGCUUCAUACUUGUCUGCCCCCAUCUCCAACCUCAGCCCCCCCAUCACUGGCCCUGCCCCUUACCUCUUCUUAUGCUGCACCAAGGAAAGCGCAGAGAAGGAGAGGCCAGGGUGAAGAUGGCGUCCACCCUCCGUCCAGUAGCUUUGAAGGCAGCUGUGGGAAUUUAAAACAUUCCUCCUCAGUGGACGAUAUCAAGAUUGGGCAGAGUUACUGGGAGAAGAGGCUGCAGCUGAGGAACAGCUGUACAGCUCGUAUGGUAACCGGCAGAAAGACCAGUGGGCCAGUUGGGACAUCAGACACUGAUUUGCGUUGCCGAACCAGCAGCCAGCAGAUGACCCAAAGCCCUCUGGCCCACUUACCUCCUGGUGAAAUCAGACCUCCUUGCAAACUGAUCGACAGAACGCACCAUGUCACUGAGAAAGUCACUCAGGUCCUGUCCCUGGGGGCUGAUGUGUUGCCAGAGUAUAAACUGCAGACUCCCAGGAUCCACAAGUGGACCAUCCUUCACUACAGUCCAUUCAAAGCUGUGUGGGACUGGGUGAUUCUGCUCUUAGUGAUUUACACAGCAAUUUUCACCCCUUACUCUGCUACAUUUCUACUGAGUGACCAGGAGGAAGCAGCCAUGCAGACCUGCGGUUACUCCUGUUCCCCCCUCAACGUGGUGGAUCUUGUUGUGGACAUCAUGUUCAUCGUGGACAUCAUCAUCAACUUCAGGACCACAUAUGUUAACUCCAAUGACGAGGUGGUGAGCCAGUCCUCUCGGAUUGCUGUCUACUACUUCAAGGGCUGGUUCCUUAUCGACAUGGUGGCAGCCAUUCCCUUCGACCUCCUCAUCUACCGCUCAGGAGAGGAGGCGGUCAGGGGAGGUGGAGAGGGCGAGACCACCACCCUGAUUGGUUUACUGAAGACAGCUCGGUUACUUCGAUUGGUUCGUGUAGCAAGGAAGUUGGAUCGGUACUCUGAGUACGGUGCAGCUGUCCUCUUCCUCCUCAUGUGCACCUUUGCCCUCAUCGCCCACUGGCUGGCCUGCAUCUGGUACGCCAUAGGAAAUGUGGAGCGGUCAACCUCAGUUGGGAUCGGCUGGUUGGACAAUCUGGCCGAGCAGCUGGGGAAACCGUACAAUGACUCCAUCCUGGUGUCGGGUCCGUCCAUUAGAGACAAAUAUGUCACGGCUCUGUACUUCACCUUCAGUAGUCUGACCAGUGUGGGCUUCGGGAACGUCUCCCCAAACACCAACUCUGAGAAGAUCUUCUCCAUCUGUGUCAUGCUCAUCGGUGCUCUGAUGUACGCCAGUAUUUUUGGUAACGUGUCAGCCAUUAUCCAGCGGCUUUACUCUGGUACGGCGCGCUACCAUGCCCAGAUGAUGAGGGUUCGAGAGUUCAUCCGUUUCCACCAGAUCCCUAACCCUCUAAGGCAGCGGCUGGAGGAGUACUUUCAACAUGCCUGGUCUUACACUAAUGGAAUUGAUAUGAAUGCUGUAUUAAAAGGGUUCCCAGAGUGUCUCCAGGCAGAUAUUUGUCUCCACCUCAACAGGUCACUGCUGCAGAACUGCAACGCUUUCAAAGGAUCCACUAAGGGCUGUCUGAGGGCCCUGGCCAUGAGGUUUAAGACCACCCACGCUCCUCCUGGUGACACCCUGGUCCAUGCUGGCGACCUGAUCUCAGAUCUGUACUUCAUUUCCAGAGGGUCAAUAGAGAUCGUCAAAGGAGACGUGGUGGUGGCUAUACUGGGUAAGAAUGAUAUCUUUGGGGAGUCCAUCAAUGUGGAUGCUUUGCCAGGAAAAUCCAGUGCUGAUGUCAGAGCUCUGACCUACUGUGACCUGCACAAGAUAAAUAGAGAGGAUAUGUUGGAGGUCAUGGACAUGUAUCCUGAGUUUUGUGAAUAUUUCUGGUCCAACUUGGAGAUCACCUUCAAUCUCAGAGACGUGUUUAAUGAAGCUGUGGGUCUUCUGAGUGGAGACGACUCAGACUGUGAGGGCUUCAGUCGGCCACAGAGGAAACACUCAGGUGUCACCAUCUCAGCAAAGAGACAGAAAUCUGCCUUCGGAUGUGGAAGACAACUCAGUAACUUGGAGCAGUGUGACGGCCAUGAUCAUAAACAUACACUAUAUGGCUCCGUGUUCUCCAGUGAGGAUGAAGUGGAGGAGUUAGAUGGGACCAGUCCUGCUCAGACGUGCGUCACCACCAGGUGCAGAGAGACUGACGCGUUUCCAGGAGUGUCCAGCAUCUUCACGUUCUUGAGCUCGGAGAGUCGAGAGGAACACAUGUACCAGGAAGUGCCCUGCUCCCACAGCCUCCCCUCACCGCCUCCUCAGCCUCCCCCUCACCAGCUCCUUUACCUGCCCUCCUCCCCCUCCCACUGUCCCUCCAGCCCUCCUCCUCCUCCUCCUCCUCCUCCUACCGCCAUCAUCUCUGGGAGGCAGAGAGUGGAGCUGGAGAAAAGGUUAGAUGCUCUGCAGCGACAGAUAACCAGGCUGGAGUCUUGUAUGUCAGCCGACAUCAGGACCAUUAUGCAGCUGCUUCAGAGGCAGACACCAGUAAUCCCACCUUCCUACAGCACCCUGACGUCAUCUCCGAACGCACCGUCCUCCCCCUUCCUGUCCCCCUUCCUGUCCCCCACUGUUGCCUCCCCAUCUGGAGCCCCAAUCCCUGUCUUCCCCACCGACGAGUCACCAUCCAGGCCAAAUGAAAACCAAGAUCAAGUCCUGCAGGAACUUCCGGAAUCUGAUUCCAUCAAUUGGGGUUCCACUGUGCUCCAUCUCACCUCGUCACCCCCUCACACCCAUGCCUCACCCUUUAACACGUCUUCAUAUUAGUCACCAUUUUUCUUUCCCCGUUUUAAACCUCCAUCUCUCCACCUAAUCCUCAAAACUUCAUCCUGUGUUCUUCCUUGGUCCUUACCGAGAUAGGUGUGUCAGUGUGCGUCUGUCAUCCUCACCCUCGCCUCACCCUUCUGUCUCACAGAUACUGUAAACCUAUAGCAAAUCAAAUGAAAGUCUGAACUUUCACAGAAGAAUUUGGUUAAGAAAAUAUAUAUAAGAAAGUCGCACAAUACCAAUUAUUUUCAGAUGAAUUGUGAACCAAACAGUAUGAAUAAUGAAAAAAAUACAGUCAAUCAAAUCAUGAGAUCCAAGUGCAUUUUUUUCUGACUUAUUAUUAUUUCCUCAGAAUCCUGUCAGAACACUGGAAGCAAAUGUUACUAUGUAGUGUAGGAGUUGGUGUUUGAGCACACAGCUGCACACAUGCCUGCAACAUCACUGCCACCCUCUAGAGCAGUUUUGCCGCCCUGCCUUCUGAGCCAAUCCUGCCUGCCCGUGUCUGCACCUAGGUCCUCCUUCACGUGCUCUGCAAACAAACUUUGAACGUGGACCUCACUUCAACAUUCAACUUGAAUGAAAAUUGGCACAUAUCCCAGGGUUUUAUGAAUGCAGUUAAUAAAUGCACAUAGACGAGACCAAUGUGAUUCAGCAAUUAGUUUACACAAAUAAGAUAAAUCCAUCCUGACAUUUUAUUGGAACAUCAAGGUUUAUUAACUCAAACAAAAACUCUUAUUACUUGACUACAUAAAUCUAGAUGCAGCUUGAAUGCAUGCAAAGUCAAUAGAAAUAGUUGAAUGGGUAUAUGCUCAUCAUUAUAUUGGCUAUGGAGUAUGCUGAAUGUGUCUGUGUAAUAAAUUCCUUUUGUGGUCUUCAGACACCUACAUAUACUAGCUCCAGUCCCCUAAUAGACAGCAGAAUAAUGUAGGAAAUAAACAUCACCUAUGUGCUGGUGCAACUUAAGAUUUACUUCUGUAGUAAUCAGUAAGUAAAUAAGAAAGUAUGUUGAUGAAUAUUCUACAGGUGGAAAUAAAGGUGAUAAUCUGAUGAGUGGAAGAGAUGUGGGAAGACUGGACAAGCACCAUAUAGAUACAGUCUAUUUUAUCUGGGAAUAAAUUAUUUAGUUGCUCUUGUUUCCUAUUACUGCAAAUCUCUACUAUGGAAGCCAAAUCCUACAAUUCAAUGAAAUGUGAUUUGUAUACAACACACAUAAUCUCAAGGCACUUCACACAGUAAGGUCAAGACCUUAAUAUUAUAGUGAAACCCAAACAGCUCCUAGAACAAGGAAGCACUUGAUGACUGUGGAGAGAACAAAUUCCCUCAUUAACUGGAAGAAACCUCUGGCAGAAUCAGACUCAGAUUGGACGGCCAUCUGCCUCGACCACUUGGGGUGAGAGGAGAGAAAUGGAGGAGAGA